AUGCUGGCGGCCAAGCUCCCAAUCUCGCAGACAGCCAUCCUACAAAACGAGAAUGGCAGCCCCAAGCUGAUGGAGGGCGUGCCGCUGCCAUCACCCAAGGCCGGCACAGUAAUAGUCAAGACAGUCGCAGUAGCGCUCAACCCGAGCGACAACAAGAUGGGCGCAGCCUUCCCUACCCCAGGCUCCGUCGUAGGCAUGGACUUCUCAGGCACUGUGGCGUUCAUCCCGCCCGGCACGACCACAGAUCUCCGCCUCGGCGACCGCGUGUGCGGCAUGGUGCACGGCUCCAACCCAGGCGACCUCACCAACGGGGCCUUUGCAGAGUACGUGCGAGCACGGCCCGAGUUCCUGCUUCCCGUCCCACCCACCCUGUCGAUGGAAGAAGCCGCCACACUGGGCGUGGCGCUCAUGACGAACCUCCUGGCCCUGUGGGAGCCCUCGGCGCUGGGCCUGGCCGCCACCGCAGACCCAGACAAGCCAGCCGAGAAGCCCUUCCCCGUGCUCGUCUACGGCGGCAGCACGGCGACGGGGACCAUAGCCCUCCAGCUGCUGCGGCUGUCCGGGCUCACGCCCAUUGCGGUCUGCAGCCCGCGGAACUUCGACCUGGCGCGCGACCGGGGCGCCGCCGCGGCGCUGGACUACAUGCGGCCUGACCUCGUCGCCGAGAUCCAGCGGCUCACGGGUGGGAAACUCAGGUAUGUGUACGACUGCAUCGCCGACCCGGAGACGGUUGCGCACUGCUAUGCGGCCAUCGGUCGGACGGGCGGCAGGUAUGCGUCGCUGGAGCUGGUCCCCGAGGCGCUGCGGACGCGCCGGGCCGUGCGCCUCAAGCUGGUGCUGGCGUAUGAGGCCUCGGGCGAGGACGUGCCUUUGUCGAAUGGCUAUGAGACUUUGGGGGACCUGGAGAAGCGUGCCCUUGCGGAACGAUAUAUUGGCGUCUUUCGGGGCUUGCUGGAUAAGGGUCUGCUCAAGACGCAUCCUAUUCAGAACCUGGGAGGAGGGCUCCAGCGCGUAUUGGAGGGUUUGAAGAUGUUGAGGUCAGGAGCGGUGUCGGGGCAGAAGUUGGUGGUGACGAUGUAA